AUGGAUGAAUACGGGCACCCGCACGCCCACCUGGACCCGCCGAUGUCCAAGUCAAUCUACGUUGCCCCCACCAUGGAGGAAGCCGAGCGAGACCCCAUCGGCCUCGAGGAUUUCUCGUCCCGCAUCCUGCGCUCCAUAGGCAGCAACGGAUCCCCCAUCGGAAUGCCCAUGGACAAGAAUGGAAACAUCGCGAAAGGCUACGAGCACUGGGCCAAUCGCCAGCAGGAUCGCGAACGUCGCGAUGACCCGGGCCACGCCGGCCUGCCGCCGUUGCGCGGCACCCCCGAGGUGGUGAUCGAGCGCUUGAAGCAGGUUCAGGAAGCGGGCAUCAACCACGUUUUCGGCAACUUCGGAUUCGCCGGCCUCCCCCACGAAAAGGACUCGCGCAGCAACUCCCGCUCCGAGCGUGCCGACGACAUCGUGACGGAUACAACUCCCAUUCUCGAAGUCAGGAACCUGGUCAAGGAUUUCGGCGGACUGAGGGCUGUGAAUCAGUGCACCUUUCAGGUCAUGCCGGGAGCCAUCACCGGUCUCAUCGGUCCCAACGGAGCCGGCAAGACCACCCUGUUCAACCUCGUGUCGGGCGCUAUCGCCCCUUCCAGCGGCGAGAUUAUCUUCGACGGCCACCGCAUCGACGGUUUGCGAAUGCAUCAGACGUUCGGUCUGGGCUUGAUGCGCACCUUCCAGAUUCCCCGUGAAAUGAAGCGCAUGACGGUACUGGAAAACCUGAUGCUGGUGCCGGCUCUUCAACUCGGCGAGCGCAUCUGGGCACCCUGGUUUAUGCCCUGGCGAGUAGAACGGCAGGAACGCUGCGUCGAGGCGCAGGCGCUUGACGUGCUGGAUUUCGUCAAGUUGUCCCAUCUGGCCAACGAGUACGCGGGCAACCUGUCAUCGGGCCAGAAAAAACUGCUGGAGCUGGCCCGAACCCUCAUGGCCGAGCCAAAGAUGGUGUUGCUCGACGAGCCGGCAGCCGGCGUCAACCGGACCCUGCUGCGCGACCUGUCGGCCAACAUCCUCAGCGCCAGCGUCGACCGCGGCAUCACGUUCAUUAUCAUCGAACAUGACAUGCAGUUCGUCAUGCACCUCUGCGAUCCCAUCAUCGUCAUGGCCAACGGGGCAGUCAUCGCCCAGGGAACCCCCACCCAGGCUUCCGACGUGGUGGCGGGAUACGGCGAGACUGAAAUCCUCCACGGCGUCUCGGUGGUGGUCGGUGAAGGCGAGGUGGUUACCAUCAUCGGGCCAAACGGUUGCGGAAAAUCCACUCUCAUGAAGGCCAUCGUGGGGUUGGUAAAGGUCCGCACUGGCAGCGUUUUGUUCCGCGGCUCCGACAUCUCCGACCGGCCUCCCGAACAGAUUGUCCGCAACGGGCUGUGCUACGUCCCACAGACCAAUAAUGUUUUUCCGUCCAUGUCCAUUCGGGAAAACCUCGAGAUGGGCGGAUUCGUGCGCCGCGGCGAUCCUCGAAGCCGAAUCGCCGAGAUGUUCGACCUCUUCCCCGAUCUGGCGCUGCGCCCGGGGCAGAAGGCCGGCAGCCUGUCUGGUGGUCAACGCCAGAUGCUCGCCAUCGCCCGCGCCCUGAUGCUGGAUCCAGUCCUGGUAUUGCUGGAUGAACCUUCUGCCGGGCUCUCGCCCGCCAUCAUGGGAACCGUGUUCGAGCGCAUUCGCGAGAUCAACCAAACCGGCGUGUCCAUCCUCCUCGUCGAACAGAACGCUCGGGAAGCCCUCAGAAUGUCCGACCGCGGAUACAUCCUUGUCGCCGGCGAGAACCGCCUCGAGGACACCGGCGCACAUCUGCUCGACAACCCAGAAGUUGCCACCCUCUACCUUGGGGGAUAA